AUGACAGGUCCGGAACCUGCCAUGCUGCUGUGUACCUCUACUUUGUUGGUUUUGCCAGUGGGCCUCUUUGCAGUCAUGGCUCUAUCGGGCGAGGUUACUUCAUUGAGCAUGAAGAAGGUGCCCUGGAUGCCUCAGGUCUCCAAGCCCGUUUUGGUCUUGGGAGCUGUGCUCUUGCUGCUAUCCUCAGUUGUGAGCCUUUUCUGGGCUUCUUGUACAGAACCUGGAAUCCUGCCUCGACAGGAUCCCAAGCGUGGGUUUGCCGGCUGUGGGAAGCGACCCCCACGAGUUGAUCAGAUCAUCAAUGGUGUCAAGGUCUCCCUGAAGUGGUGCAGCACUUGCGAGAUCUACAGGCCGCCGCUGGAUUUGAGCUCUGAAAAUGGCAGUUUGGUGCAGGCUGAGCUCUACAUGCUUUGCAUGAUACCACCAGGAGCUGACACUGAGCUGAACAUGUACGAAAGUCAGGAUGAAGUGGUGCUUGAGACGCUCAAGAUGCAGGAGGUGCGCCACUACAAGGUGGCCUUGCCAAGCCGACCAGUCGUGGUCACCGUGUCGGUGACCAGGACAUCAGGAGAUGCCAUUCAUGUUGUGGAGUACAUCCGCGUGCCGUUGCGCGCAGAAGUCCAUGCAGAUGGUUCCUUGGCAGAGUUGGUGGCAGUUGCUCAGUGGCAUCGUGCCUUGUACGAGUCGCCACGGCGUGGCCAUUCCGCAGCCGAAUGGAGCCGCGAGCAAUGUGAGCAGCACUACGAGGCACCGGGGUCGAAUUGGCUGAGAAACGGGAACACCAAUUCCUUGCGCCUGAAGCGCUUCAGGCGUGUCACCGGCUUUGUGGGGCUCGACCCAGGCAAAGCGCCACUUGGCUUGAGGCAUUUCCAAGAGACCGGGCCCAGAUCUAGGACCACGUUGGUCCUCAAGAAUCUGCCCAGACACUUUGACAAGGAUGCCCUGAAGGAUUUGUUGGAGAAGCUAGGCUUUCGGGGCUUCUUUGACUUUCUAUAUGUACCUCUGCAGUGGAACCAGGAGAGCUGUGUUGGCUAUGGCUUGGUGAACCUUACCAGCCAUGAGGCAUUGUGCUUCCGCUGGAAUUUUUUUUGCAUCGAGCUGCUAGGUGCGAGUGAGAACUUGGAGGUGUGUUGGGAUACAAGGCAUCAAGGCCUUGAUCAGCUAAUCAAGUACUACAGAAACAACAGUGUGAUGCAUCCUCUUCUUCCAGAGCAUUGCAAGCCGAUGCUACUUCUUUCCGGUGAGAAGGUGGAUUUUCCCCCUCCGACUAAGGCAAGGUUACGUGAAUCGGCAUUACAUGGGAAUGACAGUUAUCAGAACUUGAUUUGUCAAGGUGGAUGGCAACAGUAA